AUGGGUGCUAUACGUGAUUCUACUCUUCCUCGCGUGCUCAUCGUUUGUCACGCACUUUCGGGGCAUCUGGUCCCACUCUGUGGCAUCGCUAAUGGUCUUGUCAAGAGGGGUUGGGAGGUGUCUUUUCUAGGGCCCACCGCACACCGUCAGCGUAUUGAAGGCGCGGGUGCUGAUUUCAUCCCACUCACAGGCAAUGCGAAUCUGAACGACAGGCUCUAUUAUGAAAAUCCCAGCAUACCAGAAUACAACUCAUUACACUGGGUUGAGCGGGCGCUAAUUGACGUCAGGCUACAGUGCUUGGAGCCGCUUACGACACAAUGGGACAAUGUCAAAGCCGCACUCGUCAAGCUCAAUCAGCGGGUUCCGCAAAGGCGAACCGUCGUGAUUGCCGAGGCUUUCUUCUACGGUAUCAUGCCCCUGAAGUAUGGAGCUCCGUUGCCAUCAGGCGUAAAGCUUCCUCGGACGAUCUGUGUAUCGGUCACCGUUCCAGCGAUACGAAGUAUUGAUCUGCCUCCAUUCGCUCAUACGUUGCCGUUCGAUCAAUCAGCCGAAAGCCGCGAGCUGAAUGCACAACUAUGGGAGAAGCGUACCCAUAAGAUGAAGCUGUUAACGGACCUGCUUGAUAACAAACUAUUCCAGGCUGGCGCGACAAGGAAGGUCAACGAGCCAUUCUUAGCUGGCGCCAACUAUACGUGCCACGAGUCCAUCAUGCAACUUGGUGUUCCUGGACUGGAAUAUCCGCGGUGUGACUGGCCGUCUGGCUUCAAAUUCGUAGGGCUUGUGCAAGGCGCGUCAACAGGAACAUUGCCACUGGAUCCAGCAUUCUCGUGGUGGAGUGAGCUGAAGCAGAAUUCUUCGCUAAGUCGUGCAGAUCCAGCCCGAAAGAAGGUCGUUCUCGUGGCACAGGGUACGGUGGAGAUCAAUCCCAACGAUCUGAUUAUCCCCACGAUCCAAGCCUUUGCUGGUAGAGACGACGUGCUGGUAGUAGCAGUGUUGGGUUGGAAAGACGCAAAAUUGUCGGAUUUCAUAAAACUACCGGAUAAUGUAAGGGUUGCAGACUAUCUUUUGUACGACGCGGCACUGGAGCAUAGUGACGUCUGGGUCCAUAAUGCUGGCUUCGGUGCCGUCAAUCACGGUGUUGCUCAUGGGGUUCCUAUGGUAGCUGCUGGUGAAGGAAUGGACAAAGGAGAGAAUUCGGCCCGGGUGGCUUGGUCAGGUAUUGGUGUCAAUCUGGGCACGGCCAAGCCAUCUGUUGAACAAGUCAGAGGCGGCAUUGAAGCUCUGUUUAACGACAGCAACUUCAAGGCGCGUAGCAAGUCUCUUCAGAAACAAAGUCGAGAGCUUGAUUGCAUUACUUUGAUCCAUGAUGAGCUUUCCAGACUUUCCGAUUAG